AUGAAAGCAAUCCUCAUCGCUGCAGUCAUCGCCUUGGUUUUGGGCACCGGAUACGGCUACCCGAAUCUGGGCUUCAAGCCCAAUGGCGGAUUCGGUGGACCUGGUUUCCCCUUUGGUGCUAGCAACCUCGGGUUCGGAUCAGCUGGUUUCAACCCACUUGCCGGCUCCGGUGGUGGCAACUUCGGCUCUGGAGGACCUGGUUUCGGUGUCGGCGCUGGCUCCGGUAGCUUCGGCUUCGGAGGACCUGCCAUCAAGCCUGGUUUAGGCUUCGGUUCUGGAUAUCGUCAAGGCUUCAGCGCUGGCUUCGGCGCUCGCUUCAAUUAUGGCUACGGGCUCUACUGA